UUGCCCGGGCGUGUUGGAGCUGCAGGUUCCCUGGACGCCACGUGCUGGCGUGAGAAGACUCGCUGGGCUUUCAGGCUGCUGCCCUGUAGGCAGAUUACCUCCCAGACCUCCCUUGCCCUGAGCGGUGAGCUGAUUGGGAUGGUGGCCCGGGAAGCUUCUGAGUCUGCCCAGUGCCUGUGCCCUUCCCUGGCCAGCCUGAAUGCCAAGGAUGUGCUUCGGAGGAAACACAAGAGGAAGAGCCGACAGCACCAGCGGUUUAUGGCCCGGAAGGCCUUGCUGCAGGAGUAUGGGUUGCGGAACACACCCCCGGAGCCAGGAUCCUCCCCAGGCACCGAAGCCGCCAGCAGUGUGAGGCAGCGUCCAAGGGCUGAAUCUGGAGGUGCCCAAGGCAGCAGAAAGCCCACCCCCAGAGAAUCUACUGGGCCCUUGCCCAGCAAGUGCGUGGCUAUCGACUGUGAGAUGGUGGGCACGGGACCGCGAGGGCGGGUGAGUGAGCUGGCCCGCUGCUCCAUGGUGAGUUACCACGGCGAGGUCCUCUACGACAAGUACAUCCAGCCUGAGAUGCCCAUCGUGGACUACCGCACUCGCUGGAGCGGCAUCACCAGGCAGCACAUGCGCAAGGCCAUCCCCUUCCAGGUGGCCCAGAAAGAGAUCCUCAAGCUCCUGAAGGGCAAGGUGUUGGUGGGGCACGCCCUGCACAAUGACUUCCAGGCCCUCAAGUACAUCCACCCUCGGGGCCAGACCCGGGACACCACUUAUGUCCCCAGCCUCCUCAGCCAGCCCAGCCUCCACGCCCGGACCCGUGUCUCUCUUAAGGACCUGGCCCUGCAGCUGCUGCACAAGAAAAUCCAGGUGGGCCAGCACGGGCACUCAUCGGUGGAAGACGCCGUGACGGCCAUGGAGCUCUACCGGCUGGUGGAGGUGAAGUGGGAACAGCAGGAGGCCAGCAGCCUCCAACCCCACCCUGAGGACAGAGAGCCCGACAGCAGCACAGACAUGGAGCAGUAUAUGGAGGACCAGUACUGGCCGGAGGACCUGGCCCAGGGCACCAGCAGAGGAACAGGAGAGGCACCGGGCAGAACGGAGUGAGGGAGGGGAAGCUCCACUGGAGAGCGGGGACCAGGAGAGUGGCUGGGGCCGGAUGCCACCAGUGUCCCCCAGGGCCUAAAGUGUUGGGACCAUCUGCCCACAGCACAGUCCCCGAUUCUGUGGUUUUGCUGAUGGCACUUUAUAGGCACCAUGAAAAUGGCGGGUGGGCUAUAGCUGCUUGAGCCUAGCAGGAGUAGGGGAUGCGCCGGCAGACUCCCCACCCCCAGGCUGUGCUCUCUAAAGGGAUGAUCUCUCCCUCCUUGGGGGUGGGUGGGGUGGGUGUCCCUAUUCAAGAAUUCCCUUGUCUCGCCCCAGUGACCUGGGGUAAAGCUCUCUUACUGUUGUCACCAUCUACCUCUUCCUCCACAGUCAUUUUCAGGAGAAUAACUACGCCCUGAAGCUACAGAGUUAAGGCCACUCAAGGGUCAUUUUGUCCCUUUCUCUCAGAACUGGAACCCUGGCUGUAGCCAUCGUAGGAGCUGCCAGGCUACAAUGGAAUAGCAGAGACCUCAGCUCGUGGGGAGCUGGGUCUUCACUUGCUCGCCACCAGAACUCACCAGGCACUAUUCUGGGAGGAGGGAAGGCAGAUGAGCUUUGGGUGGAGACUCGCAUAUGUAUUUUGACGCAAGUCAGGCAUUCCUCCUGCCCACCCAGCGCUAGGCUCUCUUAAGCAAAAGUCUGAGAAACAAGACAGCGGUUUGAAUUCUGGGACCCCUGUGCAGAAUUGCCCACAGGGAUCUUUAUUUAUUGAGAGCAAGGCCACGGGUCUGUAGGGGGGCAGAGGGCGGGUCCACUGGGGCCGGGCCGGGCAUUGACAGCUGUGCAGCUGUUGCACUCGGGUGGGUGUCCCCAAUCACUGGUGGUUGGGUUUUCUCCAGAUUUCUAAAAAUGUUCUGUGUCAGGAUUCAUCCCCUACCCCUCUUUCCUUGUUUCCUAAGGGGCAGUUUGGGGGUAUUGGGGUAACCCGGAGCUCAGGUCACACAGAACCUUUGAGCCCCAUCUUUGUUCACUACUCAAUAGCUUUGAGACUCAGGCAAGUGUGUGACUUCACUCUUGAGUCUGUUCCCUCAUCUGUAAAAUGGGGAUAAUAACACCACCUACCUCACAGGUUGUUAGGAGGAUGAAGUGCUGAGUGCUUGGCCCAGUGCCUGGCGCCUAGUAAGCUGGACCGGCUGUGUUUUCUUUAAGGAUCAGUGUUGGGCUUUCCGGGUAACACCUGAACACGCCCUCAGGUUGAGUGGCUUUGACCCAGACAGGACUGUCCUCGUGGCUGUUCCAGCAGG